ACCACUUGGGUAAAAAGAAGAUACCGCCGGUGGAAAAAAAUAUUUUCACCUCUAGUUUUCUGUAACGUUAAUCAUUAGUGAAAUAUGUUUCGAUCUGUUUACGUUUAAAUCUGAGAGUUUAUAAGGUUGUCAAUUGUUGUCGAAACUAUUAAAACCAAACCUUGAAUUCAACUAAAUCUAAAUUUAUUCUUGAACAAAAAUGCGCUACUUUAUUGCAAGUGUUUUUAAUUCCAUUUUUAUUUCAUUGAUUUUUGACAUAUUAAUCGCGACAAUUGAAAAUUGGCCCGAGAAAGACAAAAUUGGUGUUUAUGAAGGCGACAUUAAAAUUGGCGGCAUAUUCAUGGUACAUGACCGUCACGACUCUCUAAUUUGCGGGGACAUUUUCACAGAAAUUGGAAUCCAGCAGCUCGAAAUGAUGAUCUACGCUCUUGACAUCGUCAAUCAAAACUUUUCACACCUGCUUCACGGGAUGACUCUCGGAGGAGUGUUCGUAGACGACUGCGAUCGGGACACGGUCGGAGUUGAAAGGUCUCUCGAGUUUGUACGAGGAAAAUUCUCGAGCCACGACUCACAGGAGUGUUCGAACAAACAGGGAGGGGCCAUGAAAGAUGACUCGUCUAAGAAGGGCAGCACUGGUGUGGUGGGGGUGAUUGGUGCAGCCUCGAGUGUUGUGAGCAUCCAAGUUGCUAGCUUGUUGCGCCUGUUCAGCAUACCACAGGCGAGUAAUCACAUUCUGGAGAUGGAGAAGCAGUACCCGGACAUCUGUGUGGCUCAGCAGCUGGCCCUGCCUAGAGAUAGCCAGAGGGAACGGACUGGCGUCUACGAUAAUAUAUUCCGACGCAUGCUCAACUUCAAAAAUGCAAGAGGCAAAUAUUUAUGA